AUGUUUCUGUUCACACAGGGACAACAGUUACUGGAGGAUUCGGGGAAAGACAUCUACGGUCUUCUCCCCAGCCCUCCUCUGUCCCACCCCCAGGUCCAUCCCCCCUGGCCUGCCCACAGUAGUUUCUCCCACCCCCACUUCCCCUGGCUGCACACUAAUGUUUCUGUUCACACAGGGAGUGGGCAGCAGUCGGUGACUGGCGUCUCUGCUGUGGAUGACAGCAACAGUUACUGGAGGAUUCGGGGAAAGACAUCUACGGUCUGUGAGAGGGGGACGCCUGUGAAAUGUGGGCAGUCCAUCCGGCUGACCCACAUCAACACUGGGCGAAAUCUGCACAGCCAUCAUUUCACAUCACCUCUCUCUGGGAACCAGGAAGUUAGCGCGUUUGGGGAGGAUGGCGAAGGAGACUACCUGGAUGACUGGACUGUUCUGUGUAGUGGGACCUACUGGGUGCGGGAUGGCGAAGUACGGUUCAGACACUCAUCUACUGAUGUGCUCCUGUCUGUGACCGGGGAGCAGUACGGGCGACCUAUCCAUGGCCAAAAGGAAGUGCAUGGCAUGUCCUACUCCAACCAGAACAACAACUGGAAGGUGAUGGAGGGGAUCUUCAUGAAGCCCAGUGAGCUGUUGAAGACUGACUCUUACCACGCUGAGUUAUGAUGCACUGCGCUGGGGCUCCUCAGUACCCUUACCACACAGUGUUCAGCUCUGGUCUGCCUCUAGAUGCUUCUCGAGAGACUCUGUUCCUCAGUGGUUGGCACAGGCCAAGGAGCAGAGCCCUUGGUCCCCUGGUUAUUCUUGUGUGACUCAUUCUGUGUGUUAUUUAGGCCUGUGUCUCUCAGGGUCCUACUGCAGUUGGCAUUCUCCCUGCAGAGGGGCUAAGAGAAUCUCUCCCUCCACAGGAAAAGCAGAAAGAGGGGACUUGUUUGUCACCUUGUACCGAGCCCAUUCUCCCUGUAGCUACCCUCUGGGAGUCAGCUGCCGUGACAUCUUGUCUCUGUAAGCGCCAUGGUGCUGAUGUUCAUGCCCAGCCGUGCCUGGUGGGGGGAAAGUUGCCGACUAGAACUGGGCUCAUAAAAAAAAAAAUCAAUUGUCAAAGAGUAGGUGAUGCUUUAUCUUGCUCCCCGUCAUAUUUGCUUCCCGACUGAAUUACUCCAGCAGGCAUCGAAAUCAACAGCAGCUCCCACGGGGCAGGCAAGGGUCACGAUGCAUCCACUGACGAGUGGCACAGAUUAAAAAAAGAACUAAUAGCACUUACGAAAUAAAAAAGCCCCCGACCGCU